UUGAGAAGUUCGUCACUCAAUGAAGACACUCAUCGUGUAUUGCCGAAAUUCCUGAACAGAUUGCAGUGCAGUUCCCGGAAGCUGACCACACCUUGCAUUCAUCACAUCACUGCAGACUGGCGCAUGAAUUUACAGUCCUCGUUGAUCAAGAGCCUUACCAACACAGUAACAUACACAAGCAAAUAAAUCCAAUUACAAAGUUGUCGUUUUCGUAACCUCUGAAUUCACUGUGAUGCCCAAAUCAGCAAAAUCAAGGUAAUAAUCCGAUCUCGCAGCAGCAGAAAACAAGUAAACAUAAAAGUUUCCCUACAGUUGCAUUAAGCUUUAAAACCGUGACCUAUGAAACCAGGCAGCGGCAGGAGCAGUUCGACCAUUAUUUGCUCUGUUCAAAUACAUAGUCCUUCACUUGUGGGCGGCGUCUCUGUGAUGUCAGCGAGGCAGCAACACUCCACGGUGUUAUAAGGCGGCGCGUCCCUUCUCGGUCAUCACUCGUGAUCAGCUUCAGUCACAGUCGCCAUGGCUCUCAAGAUUGUCCUGCUCUCCGCCCUCGUGGCCGCCGCCCUCGCCCGCCCCGACACGCCCUACCGCCCACCCGCAUCUUCCUACCACGCCCCCGCCCCAGACGCGCCGCCCAGGUACGACUACAACUACGCCGUGGUGGACGACUACUCCGGCAACAACUACAAUGCCCAGGAGGCGCGCGACGGCUACGACACCCAGGGAUCCUACUACGUGCUGCUGCCCGACGGCCGCCGGCAGAGGGUCACCUACAACGUCAACGGCGACUCAGGCUUCCUGGCCGAGGUGACCUACGAGGGCGAAGCCCAGUAUGCUCCCCAGAGCUACGCCCCCGCCCCCGUCCCCUCCUACAGGCCAGCACCCACCCCGCUAGCCUACCAGUGAUCACCCUGCAGGACACACUGUACACAAUUAUUUAUUAAACCGUUCACGACCUG